AUGGAGAGCAGCAGCAAGCUGAAGCAGCGCCUCUCUCGCUUGUUCCGCGCCGCCUGCAAGCCGUCCACCUCAUCCGUCCACCACACCGCCGUCGACCCGGCUUUUGUGGCCACCGUGGACUGCGGCGGCUGCCGUCCGGCAGCGGCGCAGGUGUGCGAGAGGCAGAGCCGGGGGAAGAAGGAGAGGCGCGUCAGGGAGACGGGCGGGUACUACGAGACCGGCCAGUGGGAGGGCAGUACGUGCCCUCCGGCCUCCCCGGCCUCCCCUUCCAAGUCCUCCUUCCCCGCCUACUACUACUAUUGCAUCCACGGCGACGACACCAAACGGCCGGAGCUAUGCCCUUCGAGGUCAAAAGCAACGAAGAAGAGAAGCACGGUGCGGCUUCGGUCCAACGCGUACGGAUUCACCAGCUCUUCGUCGACGGAAACCGACGACGACGGCCGUCAGGGUGACGGAUUCUUCAGUAGCGAAGAGAGGGAAGCGUCGACCACGACGACGUUCUUCUCCUCCAGGAGCCUCUCCUCCGACUCCUCCGAGUUCUACGCGUCCGCCAAGAAGAGCAAGAAGCCCGCGGCGCAGCAGCGGAGUCGCCGGCGAGGGAGUAACCGCCGCGAAGCUUCAUAUUGGCCGCCGGGCGGGUGCAAGGGCGGAUGCAAGGAAGGUUUCCGGCCGCUGGUCGCCUCCAUCGACGACUGCAAGAAGAAGAAGAAGAAGAAGGAAAAGGACGAGAAGGGAGGCGGAUUCGCAGUGACGAAGCGGUCCAAGGACCCAUACAGCGACUUCCGUACGUCGAUGGUGGAGAUGAUGAUGGAGCGGCAGAUGUUCGGAGCGCAGGAGCUGGAGCGCUUGCUGCACUCCUACUUGGCCCUGAAUUCUUCGCACCUGCAUCCGCUGAUCCUGCAAGCCUUCUCCGACAUAUGGCUACUUCUCUUUGCUCAAUGA